GGGUGGAGUCAUAUAAAAACAAAUUGUUGACAAACCUUGUUUGGUUCGUUGUCAAUAUUUCGUUGAUUCCUUUCUUUGUUUAUCCCAAGUUUGUGUAUUGUUUUUAUUUGUAUAUUAGAACAGUAAUUGUGCAAAUUUAGUGUUUUGUAAUCAUUAUUUCGUACUCGUGCAAUGGCUGAAGCACCCGAGAGUGAGCCUGUUCCAUCGUCUAGCGAAAUCGAGGUUUUGGUCGCUAGCGAUGUAAAGGAAGACGAUGAGGGACCAGCGCCCAAAAAACGGAGGCUCUCUGACAAAGAUUCGUCUGACAAACUGGAGGACAGGCUCGGGGGCAUCCUGUGUUGCGCAGUUUGCCUGGACCUGCCUCAGGCGGCCGUGUAUCAGUGCAGCAACGGGCACCUAAUGUGUGCCCCUUGCUUCACCCACUUGCUCGCCGACUCGAGACUCCGCGAUGAGACGGCCACCUGUCCCAACUGCCGCGUGGAGAUCUCCAAGUCCACGGCGUCCAGGAACUUGGCUGUGGAGAAAACAGUGUCGGAGCUCCCGUCGGAGUGCAAGUUUUGCACCAGAGUGUUCCCCAGGCAUUCGUUGCAGCAUCAUGAGGAGAAGAUAUGUGAGGAGAGGCCAUACAAGUUCUCGCAAGUGGUAGUGGACACGAAGCGUAGUUACGUAGCGAGUUUGGUUCGCAUCGUGUGGCAGGUGUACGCGUUGUUGGCGGCCGCCCUCGUCCCCCGCGCACGCGCAGCCUCCCUCAAGCGGCGCCGCCACACCAGGCUGACGGGUUGCAAGUACGCGUGCAUCGGUUGCGAGUGGCGCGGGCCCGCGCACGAGGCGGCGGGGCACGAGGCGGCGUGCGCGCUGCCGCGGCGCUCCGCCGGCGACGUGCUGGCCGUGCUGGCCGCCGCCGAGCGCCGCGCCGCCGACCGCGCCGCGCCCUACACGCAGCUGUGGGACAUGCUGUCUUACGAGAAGAUCACUUUCACCGACCUGCAAUUGAAGCCAUAUCGCACAGACGAGUCUGUCCACCGCUUGUACUACGAGAGCUCGCGGUUCACGGCGUUCGGCCACCAGUGGGUGGUGAAGGCUUUCAUCAACAACAACCAGGGGGACCCCACGCAGAGUGCUCAGCGGGAGAUCACUUAUCAGCUAAUAAUGAAGAGCAAGAGCGUGUGCCCGCUGUCGGUGCAGUGGGUGUGGCUGCGCGGCCCGUACGGCGAGGCGCGCGUGCGGCCGCGCGUGGCGGCGCACGCGUUCCGCGAGGACGCGGCCGACGCGCCCGCGCUGCCGCUGCCGCUGGCCGACGCGCGCCACGCCGACCGCCUGCUGGCCAGCAAGGCCGUGCACUUCAGGUCACACGAGUUGUUGUCAUCACUACAGGACUCAUAAUGUUUCUGACGUCCAAGUGAUCUACGAACUACAUUCCUGGCGUCUAAUUAUCUAACAAUCGCUUCAACGGGUAGGCCGGGUUAUAUUGACCUGGAAAUAUCAUGAUAAUCUUCUGACAUUUAACACAGAAACCUUUAAUGACAUUUUUUAUGGAAUAGCUAUUUACAGUACACGGUAUAUAAGUUGAACCAAAAUGGCGGCGGUCUGCGCAAACGCCAUACCUCAUCUUAACACCAGUAAAGUCCAUUGUGCAUGUCAAAGCUUACAUUCCGGGAACUGUAUUUGCUAGGAACCUACAAUCUCAGAUGUUUAAAUAUCUAUUAU